AUGUCUGACGAGAAGAAAGUUGAUACCGUCGUCCUCAGCGCCGCUGAAGAGAAAAGGGAGAAAGCCUUGGCCGCUUUGGACAAUGCUGACUUCACAUGGUUCCACGUGAAGAUGAUAUUAGUUGCUGGUGCCGGUUUCUUCACCGAUGCCUACGAUAUCUUCGUCAUUGGUCAAGCUUUAAACAUCUUAUACGCUGUGUACUUCAACGUUCCCGGCUCAACAUCCGUCAAGCCCGCUACCAACAUUGAUGCUUUACUCAAGGCUAUUACCAACUGGGGUAACUUCAUUGGUCAACUAUCAUUCGGAUACCUCGGUGACCGUCUCGGCCGUAAGAGAAUGUACGGUGUUGAACUCAUGAUCAUCAUGUUCUCUUGCUUCGCCUCUGCCUUUUCUGCUUCUGCUGUCCGAGGUUUCGGUGUCCUCUUCGUAUUGGGCAUGUGGCGAUUCUUCUUGGGUAUUGGUAUUGGUGGUGACUACCCAGUCUCUGCUGUUAUCUCAUCCGAGUUCUCCAACGUCAAGUUCCGUGGUGCUAUGAUCGCCGCCGUAUUCGCCAACCAAGGUCUCGGCCAAUUGACUGGUGGUGUUGUUGCCUUGUGUACUCUCGCUGGUUUCAAGGACUCUAUCUACAACGAUCAAUACAUGUUGGAUUACGUCUGGCGUAUCCUCCUUGGUUUCGGUGUUAUCCCCGGAGCCAUCGCCGUCUACUACCGUUUGACCAUCCCUGAAACUCCUCGUUUCACUGUCGAUGUUUUGGGUGAUGCUGGUAAAGCCGAAGCCGAUGUCAACAAGGUCUUGUCUCUCAAGGGUGUCAACACUGUAUUCACUGAAGACGUAGUCCUCACUGAUGAAAAGAUUGAAGAACACGUCGUCAGCUUCGGUGAAUUCUUCUCGCCCACAAAGAACUUCCGUAACUUCUUGGAAUUAGCGUGCUGUGCCUUCUGUUGGUUCGCUUUGGACGUAGCUUACUACGGCUUGACCAUCAACUCCUCAUCUAUCUUGGCCCUCAUUGGCUACGGUGCCGUAAAGGGCGACGUCUACAUGUCAUUCUUCAACGCUGCUCUCGGUAACUUCUUAAUUAUCAUCAUGGGUGCCGUUCCCGGAUACUUCGUCACUGUCUUCACUUGUGAAAUCAUUGGACGUAAGCCAAUCCAAUUGCUCGGAUUCGGAAUGUUGACCAUCAUCUUGGCUGUCUUGGCUGGAGGCUUCUACCCCAUCUCUGCCAUCCCAUGGUUGUUCUGUUUGUUGUACGGAAUUGCCCAAUUCUUCUUCAACUUUGGACCCAACACCACCACCUUCAUGUACCCAGCAGAAAUCUUCCCAACCCGAUACCGUUCUACUGCCCAUGGUAUCUCUGCUGGUGUCGGUAAACUAGGUGCCAUUCUCGGUGUCCAAGUCUUCACUCCAUUCAAGGACAACAUUGGAUUCAACAACGUCCUCUGGUUGUUUACUGCCUUCAUGGCUCUUGGGUUCAUUGCUACUUUGCCAUUACCUGAACCCAAACGUCGUCGUUUGGAAGACAUUGCAAAGUCUGUCGAGAAGCCUUCUGCCUAA